AUGAACCAGCUCAGACGCACCCUGGCCACGAUCACCAGCAGAACACCACCACCCCAAAGACUGCGAUAUGCCAACAACCCAUCAGAACUCAUCAUCCGCAUACAGCAGCUCACCAGAACACAACAACCACUCCAGCUGAUCAUCCAGCUCAUCAAAGCAUCAUCCAUCCGAGUAGCCACCAUCUCCGUCUGGACAGAACUAUUCAAACUGCUCAUCACCCACCAGCAACAGAACCAGGCAUACAAACUGUUCCUCGACAUCAAGCGCAGGCAGAUCAAGCCAGACCACAUCUUCUUCCACCACUUCCUCCACCUCAUCACCACAACCCCACAGCCCGCCCAGAAACACUUCAGCCCACAGAGAAUCACAGCCAUCUACCAGCAAGCACUCCAAGCAGCAGAAACACCAGCCCACAGGACCAGCCUCGGAAACCUCUAUCUCCAGGCACUCAUCCACCACCACCACCACCCAGAAGCACUCGACGCCUUCAACUCGCUCCUCACCACCAACACAGCCGACCCAGCCACCAUCUACCAGAUCACCCAAGCACUCUCACCCACCAACAAACACCACCUCAACCGCGCACGCACGCUCAUCGAAUCACUCACCACCAACACCACCCUCCUCGACCUGCGAACCACCCUUGCCCUCGCCAACCUCUUCCUCAGAUCCACCGACCCCGCCGACCACCAGUAUGCCGCCGAGCUGGUCGAGAAACGCCUCGGGAUCGAGCUCGCGCCCAACCCGUACAAGUUCUGGACCAAGACCACCCAGCCCAUCCUCCGCGGCCCCCAAGACUCACCAGACUCACCUGACCCAAAACAAAAACAACAGACAAUCAGGUUCGAGCCCGGCCAGCUCACCACCCUGCUCCGCAUGCUCCUCAAGAUGCACAAGUUCGCCCUCGUCCGACGCCUCUGGACCCAGAUCUCCGCCAACCCUGAUCUCUACCUCCAGCGGGACGCCAUCGACUCCACCCAUUGCGGCUUGGUGAUGUUCGCCAUGGGCAGGUGUCAGGCCAUGAACGAGGUCGAAGCGCUGCUCCGAUGGAUGAUCGAGGCGGGCACCAAGCGGCUCCGGCCGACGGGCGACACGCUCGACAAGGCGCUCCAAGCGGCAUGGCAGACGGAGGACGUCGAGGCCGGGAUCGCCGUCCUGGCCAGUCUGACGCAGACCUACACGGGGCUGGUGGCGGAGGAGCAGCCCCCGAACGCGCUGGUCGCGCUGGCCCGGACCACCAAGAGUCUCGCCCCGCUCACGCCCUCCAACCGCGCCCUGGCCACCCUGCUCCAGGCCGCCGGCCGGCGCGGGAGAGCCGCCGAGAUCGGACGCACCCUUGACGUCGUGGCGCGGUUCCGGAGGCUGCCUGCGGCCGACGCGGACGACGCGGAGCCGCCGACGACGACGACGACGACGACGACGACCUGCUGGAGGGGCACGGCCGAGCCGGCGCCGAAGGUCGCGCGCUACUGGGCCGACCAGUUCGUCUGGGUGCUCACCGACCUGCUCGACAAGCUGCUCGCCCGGCCCGACCGCGCCCGUCUCUUCGCGCCCCCGCAGAUCGCCCGCUUCGAGGCUUGGAGGGCCGCCGUCGACGGCUUCCUGCAGGCCGACAGCGACCCGCUCAAGUGCGCGUUGCGCGCGCGCAUCGAGCUCCGCGCCCUCGAACGCGCCCAGCGCAGGGCCCUCAUCGCCGCCCAGCGCUCGCCUCCUCCUGCCUCCCACUCCUCCUCUCGCAGCUAUCGGCCUUCGCGACCCCGGCCGGACACAGCUUCCUAUCCAUCGGGCGCCCGUCCUGGCAGACCCUCCUCUCCCCGUCCCCUGAGCACAAGAUAA